GUUUUUGACACUUCCGCUUUGGGCGUAUACUGAAUUGCGUCAUCAAAAAUGGACAGUUGGUCAAAUGUCACUCUCAAAAUAAGAGCUUGAUAGUAAAAUAUGGCACACGUAAGCUACUCAAAAUUGUUUCAUGCGCUGAGGUGUAUUCCUCAGAGUAUCGACUCACGCUUUGCAUGUAAGUUGGGACGUGUUCAGCUUCAACCCAUUUGCUGCAGACAUUUGAUACGUUUCAAGUCAUUAGGUGCAGCUGACAAAGGACUUCAUGAAAAGCAGAGGCAGCACAUGGCAAGAGGACUACCCAAACAAAAGCCCAUUACUGGGGUGAAGAAGGUCAUCGUGGUUGCAUCAGGAAAGGGGGGCGUGGGCAAGUCAACCACAGCAGUGAAUCUGGCUCUCGGACUAAUGGCCAAUGAUCCGAGUAUAUCCGUGGGUCUGCUGGAUGCUGACGUCUACGGCCCCUCAGUGCCAAAGAUGAUGAAUCUGAAGGGCAAUCCAGAACUGACAGACAAUAAUCUCAUGAGACCUCUUGUAAAUUUUGGAGUCCCGUGCAUGUCAAUGGGCUUCCUGGUUGAGGACGUUGCUCCCAUCGUAUGGAGAGGACUAAUGGUGAUGUCGGCCAUUGAGAAAUUACUACGGCAGGUCGACUGGGGACGACUGGAUUACUUGGUGGUUGACAUGCCCCCUGGAACUGGGGAUGUGCAGCUCUCCAUAACACAGAACAUCCCCAUUGCAGGAGCGGUGAUAGUCUCCACGCCGCAGGACAUCGCUCUGCUGGACGCGCGCAGGGGAGCCGAGAUGUUCCGCAAGGUCAACGUGCCGGUUCUGGGCUUGGUGCAGAACAUGAGUGUCUUCCAGUGCCCCAAAUGCAACCACCAGACCCACAUCUUUGGAACAGAUGGGGCGCGGGAGCUGGCCGCCACUCUGGGAGUUGAAGUCCUUGGGGACAUCCCACUGCACCUGAACAUCAGGGAGACGUCAGACAGGGGACGACCGGUGGUGGUGUCGUCCCCAGACAGUCCGGAGGCUGAAGCUUACAAAAAAGUUGCGGCCUCAGUUGUUCAGCGGCUGGAAGACAGUUCGAGCUGACGGGACGUCAAUCUCUGCCAUGACUGAGCAGAAGAGAGGUGCUGGUCGUCCCCCUUGCACGAGAAGUCUUACCUGUCAGUGUACACCCCCUCCCUCAGACAACCUCCCAUACUCCAAUCUGCAAUAGCCAGAACUCCACUACGUCUUUGUUAUUAAGGGCUUAUAGUAAGCUGAGAUGCUCUGCUCUGACUACGUCAUGUAGCAUUCACUGUGAUGGUCGAAUUGUGCUUGGCCACACCGUGGCCACAUCAGGUUGUCUUUGGGGAAGACAGUAGGGGCUAAAAUAUGGGGCAGAAAUAUGGCUUUCCCGUAACAUUUUCGGGGCUCUUGCCAUAUCUGUCUGUUUGCAUGACUGUCUCCCUGUCUGAUGUGGUAGAAUGUGCUCAAGUCUGUGAAUUCAUGUGCCUGUACUGGCUGAGUGCUGAAAGCUGUUACGCACAGUAAUUUUUCUCCAGUGUGCUGUAAAAGAGAAAGAUAUGGCACUGUGUGCACACCUGGGAAGACUGUACAGGAAAGUAAAGUGGAUGAGUAAUUGUGAAAUUAAACAGAGAAAAAAACAAUG